UCGUGACACCUUUUCUUCGAUAUUCUAUGAUCUCAAUUGUUUAUAUUCGCGACUGCUACUGUAGCAGUCGCGAAUAUAAACAAGAAUAUCGAAGAAAUGAAGACAUCACGACUAGUGUUGCUUGACGAAUCGCCUUGUGUUACUGAUCACGUUUCGCUAAUUAAUUUCAUCAUCCAUUUCUCGAGAUUGCCGGAAUAAACCAUGGCAUCGAUCGUGUCGACAGUACUGCGAUUUAGUCGUGUGACGAUAGAGAAUUUGUAUCAAAUUAAUCAAAAUGGAUUGCACAGGUUACCAUAUGUAUUUUCCUGGCAAAGAAAGUAUUUCAGUACAAUAACAGAAGAGAAGAAAUCAGAUGACACUAAUAUAUCUUCCAUGCAAGAACGUAUAGAAAAGCUAAAAAAAUUAAGAAUAGAAUUCUAUCUCAUCAAUAUAGGACUUCUUCAAGAGCCUAAUGAUUUCAAUGAUACGCUCGAAAAUGAAUGUGAGAAAGCAUCAGCAGAAAUUGAGCGCCUCAAAAAAGAAUAUCCCGAAUCAGAUGACAUUAAGAUAUCUUCCAUGCAAGAAGCUAUAAAAAAUCUAAAGAAAUUAGAAAUAGAAUUCAACCUCAUAGGUGUAGAACUUAUUAAUAGAGUAGUUAAUGAUCUUAAUAAAUACAAAGACAAACUCGAAGAUGAAUAUAAUGGAAUGUUGACGGAAGGAGACAAGCAUUAAUAGGUGUCGUUGAGGUUCUUGAAUAUUAAUCGUGGCCACUGGAAUAAUCAUAGACGAGAGAUUAUGCAAAAAAAUUUAUUAGUUAAUAAAGAGUUAUUUAAUAAAGA